AUGGCAGACCAGCAACGUAUCCUGACCGGAAUGCGUCCCACCGGACAGCUGCACCUGGGGCACUACCUGGGCGCCCUGGAAAACUGGAUACAAAUGCAGCACGAGUACGAGUGUUUCUUUCUGAUCGCUGAUUACCAGGCGAUGGGAGACCACCUGGACGACAUCGGAUUGAUCCAACGCUCGGUGCUGGAGGUAGCCACCGACUGGCUGGCGGUGGGCCUGGAUCCGGAGAAGUCGUCGUUUGUGAUCCAGAGCUACGUGCCGGAACACGCCGAGCUGACCAUGUUUUUCUCCAUGCUGAUCCCGUUGAAUCAACACCAGCGGAACCCGACCCUGCGGGCGGAAACCGCGCAGCUUGAGUCGGAAAGCCAGUCCAUCACCCUGGGGUUUUUCAACUACCCCAUCAGCCAGGCCGCCGACAUACUGCUGCCCAAGGCGCACCUGGUGCCGGUGGGCGAAGACCAGGUGGCCCACAUCGAGUACACCCGGGAUGUGGCCCGACGGUUCAAUCGCCUCUACGGAGAGGUCUUCCCGGUCCCGCGCGCCCGGGUGGGCCGCGUUCCCCGGUUGGUCGGAACCGAUGGCCAGGCAAAGAUGAGCAAGAGCCUGAACAACGCCAAUCCCCGGAUGCGAGCGACGGAUCCGGGAGUGGUGGAAUACAACCCGGCGUUCCUGUACCACGACGCGUUCAACGACAAUACCGACGAGGUUGCGGAGCUCAAAGAACGGUACUCCGCGGGCACGGUGGGCGACAUGGAGGUGAAGGACCGUUUAGUCGACGCCAUCAACCGGUUCCUGGAGCCGAUCCGCGAACGGCGGUCAUGGUACGAGGAUCACCCGGACUUCGUGCGGGACGUAUUGAAGGCCGGGACUGAACGCGAAAGGGCGAUAGCACGGCAGACGAUUGAGGACGUUCGACAGGCGAUGCAGGUGGUUUACACCUGA